CUACUGUACCAAUUCGACUCGUUAUACGUUCAAAUGUGCGGAAGACUCCUAGUUUUGCAAUACCAAUUACGGAUUUCACGGUACCAUAAACAGCCCUUAUCUCUUCACGCCACAGCCCAUCUUCCGAUUUGCAUUCGGACGCAAGGUCGACAGACGUCAAAACAAACGCCAAUUAAAACAAUCAGAUCAGAUGUAGGUCGAAAUAUUGAUGGGAUCGGAGCCAAUUAGCGGCCGUAGAACAUCUUCGAUGAUCCAUCGUGAGAGCAAAAGUGAGGAACAUCACCGAAAGUAUGCGAAAGACGAGAAUAUCGCACACCAUGGGACAGAAUCUUACCUAAUCUUCUUCAUCUUACUCCCACGUAUAUAACCCGCGGCUUUAAUGACGGAUGAUCAUUCGUUCCUCACCAUUCGAGAAAAACUCAGGGUGUUCAGUGUACCGAAAGCGAAGUGCCAAAAGAUUUCCGAAAUGUUUUCCUUCAGAAAUGUGUUCCUCGCCGUGUUUUGUGGAUUUAUGGUGCACCGUGCCUUCAGUCAAUUAGACGGGUACAUUCCUGGACAAGACUAUCCCAUUUACAGUGAGAUUCCACAAGGACUAUCCUUCAGAUGUGAUCAAAGAUUACCUGGAUACUACAGUGAUCCUGAAGCUCAAUGUCAAGUAUGGCACUGGUGCUUGCCAAACGGACAACAGUUCAGUUUCCUGUGUCCCAAUGGAACAGUAUUCAACCAAAUAGCCAGAGUUUGCGAUUGGUGGUUCAAUGUGGACUGCGCCUCAACUCCAAAUUUCUAUGGAAUCAAUGAGGACCUCUACAGGGUUCCCUCUUACAACCAGAAUCAACCUCAAUAACGAUAAUGAUAAGAACAGAGACUAGGGAGUAUAAUACAAAGAAUGUUAACCUGACUUUUUCAGGUAUCACUAUGCUGCAUCAAUUCUCAUUCGAAAUAAUCGGUUUUCAUAUUGUACACGAAAAAUAUUCAUCUUCAUUUACGGCUUACUUAUAAUACUUAUUUAUUGGACAACAUUGUCAUCCAAAGAACAGAGUUUGUAAAUAACUAAUUCUUGCCAUUCCUGUGAAUGAGUUAUAUUUUUGUAAGAUUGAAUUUAUUUUUAUAAUAUUUGUAUAUAUGCCUAUUGAAUAAAGUUUAACUUGUGUAGAAGUAUA